AUGUGUGUGCACACGCCGGAGUAUCAACGCAACAUCACCGUUGUUCGCAUUCUUCGCUACGGCAUGGCCACAUUCCAUCUAUUUCCACGGCUCCCUGCUGAACUUCGUCUUCGGGUAUGGGAGCUGACUGUAGAGCCACGCACGGUUAAGAUCGAUCUCAAAAGCAGGAGAGAAGGGAGUAGGCGGUACACAGUCUUACAUUCAACAACGCCCAUACCAGGGCUGCUACAGACCUGUCAGGAGUCGCGGAACGCUGGAUUAUACCAACGUUGCUUCUCUGAGCUGAUACAUAACGGCAAUGGGCAGGAUGAACAACGCAGCUAUGUCUGGUGCAACCUGGACAUCGAUAUGAUUGACAUCGGCGAUUGCGAGUUUGAAACAUACAAGAGUGUUGCACAUCUCAUCAAGCGAUUGAAGAUUAGGCGCGAGAGAGAUGAAUGGUGGACGCGCACGGCUAGCGAGGGCAAACCUGAUUCAAACAACCUGAGCUGGUUCAAAAAUGCGUCGGAGAUUCACGUUGUGGACACCUUGCCGUGGGGGGACUGGCAUGGGACUUCCGUGGAGGAUUCCUGGCCUUGUGACAACGUCUUGUUCAUGGACGAGCAGACGGGUCAGGAGAUGUGGAUGAUGGAUUUGGAGUGGUAUUUUGAUCGUCAUUUUGAAGCAGGUGCCAGAGAGAACGGCUACAAGUCUGUGUGCUGUUUGGGACAAGAGAUAGCUGCGGUGUUCGAAGACAUAGACUGGCGAGCCAGUGAUUACCAUCGAUCACUAUAUCGUUACUCGUUAACUUGA